AUGGAAGCGCAUGCUGAAGCACCACCAGACAUCCUGAAUGUUGUAAAGUACUUGCGUUCCAGUGCCUCGGGCAUCAAACUCCGAGGCGGCGUCCAUAAUGGAAAACGGGUGGAAUAUUUUAAAGGUAAAUCUGCUGUGAAGGCACUACUAAAAGACUCGUAUACAAAAGCAAAAAAUGUCCCAAAAGUCGCAAGUUCUGAGGAAGCCGCAAAACUAUUAAAAGACAUUCUCCCAUACGCACUAUUUCUGCGAGUCGAACGCUCAAACAGUGACUCGUCACAACGUAACGCCCCGAAAAUUUUAACAAUUUGUCCCGCACAAAUGUUCGCCGAGGAUCAAUAUUACGUUUGGCUCUACGAAGGAUCACAGUUGUGGACGAUACUCGGUGGGAUCGCAUUAAUAGCAGUCGUGUUUGCGGGGGUGAUGUUUCCACUCUGGCCGGCGAUUCUUCGUGAUACUGUGUGGUAUUUGGCAGUGGCGGUACUUGCUUUGUUUGGUAUUCUGGUGAUUAUAUCGGUGAUACGGCUGAUCCUCUUCAUUAUCACGAUGUUGAUUCUGCCGCGUGGGAUUUGGAUCUUUCCGAAUUUGUUUGAGGAUGUCGGGUUUGUGGAUAGCUUUAUACCGUUGUGGGCUUGGGAUGUGCCGAAAAAGAAGGAAAAAAUAAUCGAUGAUGAAGACGACGAUAAUAACAAUAGUAAGGAAAAUAGGAUCAUUGGAAGUAGUAAUAGUCGUAAUAAUGACACUGAAAAUAGAAAUCUUCAAACUACAGUUCAAGAUGCUGAAGAAGACAACGUUAUUGCUUGUGAUGAAAAGCCUGAAGAUGACUGA